CCCCGGCAGUCUCUGCUCACAAUGUACAGGACUAAGGUGAGCCUCAAGGACCGACAGCAGCUCUACAAACUCAUCAUCAGCCAACUGCUCUAUGAUGGAUACAUCAACAUUGCCAACGGCCUCAUCAAUGAGAUCAAGCCGCAGUCAGUGUGUGCACCCUCUGAGCAGCUGCUGCACCUCAUUAAGUUAGGCAUGGAGAAUGAUGACAGUGCUGUGCAAUACGCCAUCGGCCGCUCAGACACGGUCGCUCCAGGCACAGGGAUCGACUUGGAAUUCGAUGCAGAUGUCCAGACAAUGUCUCCUGAGGCUUCUGAGUAUGAGACUUGUUAUGUCACAUCUCACAAAGGGCCUUGUCGUGUGGCUACGUACAGCAGGGAUGGACAGCUGAUAGCCACAGGGUCUGCUGAUGCCUCCAUCAAAAUCCUGGACACGGAGAGAAUGUUGGCCAAGAGUGCUAUGCCCAUAGAGGUCAUGAUGAAUGAGACAGCACAGCAAAACAUGGAGAACCACCCUGUGAUCAGGACUCUGUAUGAUCACGUGGAUGAAGUGACCUGCUUAGCUUUCCAUCCCACAGAACAGAUCCUGGCGUCUGGCUCCAGGGACUACACACUGAAAUUGUUUGAUUAUUCCAAACCCUCUGCCAAAAGAGCCUUCAAAUAUAUCCAG